UUUACCUAUCUAUGGUCUGAAAAUGAAGACAACAAUAUUCCUUUUGGCUCUCUCCGCCAUUUCUUUCCUUCCGUUGGCCAUCUCCGGCGGUCUUCCCCCGCUCAUCCGCCUCCCCACAAAGGCCGACGUAACCAACGCCAUCUUAGACACGGCCGGCAACCCAGUGGUCGCCGGAGCCAAAUACUACGCCAUCCUAGCCCUCAUCGGCGUCGAAGGCAGCAUAAGCGUAGCUAACCUCAACACUACCGGAAACCCCUCAUCUUGCCCCACCGACGUCGUAAUAAACGAGACAUUAGCCGGCACCCAUCCCCCCGCCGUGGCUCUUCCUUUAACUUUCUACCCUCUAAAGCUCGAGGGCUAGGCCACCGACGACGCCAUCAUAUUGCAGUACCCACUGAACGUGGCCUUCGACUCGCCAGAUCCAUCGGAUCCCUGCGCUAAGGAGAAUGUUUGGAAGCUUAAUGAACCAUUUACAGCAGUACCCACAAUAGUGACCGGUGGCGUUAUAGGCAAGGAGGAUGAUCUGGGCAACUGGUUUGGGAUUCAGAACAACUUUAAUCGAAGAGAGUACCUUUUCAACUGGUGGCCAAGCCUUUGCCUUUUCUACAGGAUUGGUUACAGCCAUAUUGGCAGAGUCAGCGAUGGUUACCAGCUAGGAAUCAACUUCAACGACCAAUCUCUAUAUGCUUUUGAAUUGGUAAAGGCUGACUGAUCAAAGCCGUACGUUGAACCAUCUAUCAAAAAUCUUGCAUUGCAUGCAAUAUGUAUGUGUGUGUAUUAAUAAUUAGCGUUUAAA